UCGCAGCACUACCUGGCGGCGGGAGCUGCCUCUGCGGGAAGGACGGUGCUCGCGGGAUCUGGGCGUGAGCCGCGCGUCGAAGAUCCAGGCCCGGCCGCGAGACCAGAGUCGGAGAGCGCGGUACCCUGAGCUGUGGGCUUGUGAAAGGUGGCUCAGUUUUACCCUAGCCGUACGUUAACACGUCUCACCGAGCAUAUGUUGCGCUUAAUAAUCGAGAAAUAAUGCAUCUUUUCCAAACUUUCGUCAUACUUCUAAACGUUUGCCCAAACGUGUGGUUGCGACUAGAAAUGGGGCAGUGAGGAGGGAAGCAGAAAGGUCAGAGAAGAGAAGAUGCUCCUCUACUGGCUUUGGAGAUGGAGCCACAAGCCAAGAAAGUGCGGGAGGCCUUUAGAAGCUGGAGAAGCAAAGAAGGGGAUUCUCCCUAGAGCCUCCAGAAAAAAACACAGCCCUGCCAACAUCUUGAUUUUAGGACUUCUGACCUCCAGCACUCUAAGCUCAUGGAAGGCAGGGACUGCACCCUGGCCCCGGUGGAUCCCCAGCACGCAGCGGAGUGGCCAGCAUGGGGGUACUUCAUCGGAAGGAGGAAGAGAAAGAACAGACUCUUAGAGCAACUGUGAGGCGUCUCCGUGUUGAGGGUAGGAGAAGCCCAUCUCUCCAUCCAUUCAUGCUUUUGGCCGUUUGUUCUUCCCAAGGAGCAGAGCCUGCAUCACAACAGGCGAGGUCUUCGUUGUGGCACACAGGAUCUUCACUGUGGCAUGUGGGAUCUUUAGUUGUGGCAUGCAGACUCUUAGUUGUGGCAUGUGUACUCAGUUGUGGCCUGCGGGCUUAGAGCAUCCUGCGGCAUGCACGCAGCAUCUAUUUCUCCAACCAGGGAUUGAACCCAGGCCCCGUGCAUUGGGAGCGCGGAGUCUCACCUACUGGACCACCAGGGAAGUCCUGUGGAGAAGACUUUUAAGUACGUGGGCCUCUCACUGUUGUGGCCUCUCCCGUUGCAGAGCACAGGCUCCGGAUGCGCAGGCUCAGUGGCCAUGGCUCAUGGGCCCAGCUGCUCUGCGGCAUGUGGGAUCUUCCCGGACCGGGGCACGAACCCGUGUCCCCUGCAUCUGCAGGCGAACUCUCAACCACUGCGCCACCAGGGAAGCCCGCCAGUUUCUUUUAUAGAACAGAGAGGGAGAAGAGCCAUGUCCAUGACAAAGAGUGCCGGGGGUCCCCAGGGAGCUGUUGACCUCAAACUGGACCUCAAGCCCUCUUCCGAAAGUGCCAAGAAGUUGCAGAACAAGGAUUCCAGUUUCUUGGAUGGAAGCCCUUCUGAGUCGCCGGACUUGGAAAUGACCAAGGGCAUAACAGCAUUCCAGGCCUUGGUUCACCUGGUGAAAGGUAACAUAGGCACAGGGGUCCUGGGACUACCCCUGGCUAUGAAGAAUGCAGGCAUCCUGGUGGGCCCUCUCAGUUUGCUGGCCAUGGGCUUCAUCUCCUGCCACUGUAUGCACAUCUUGGUCAGGUGUGCCCAGCGCUUCUGCCACAGACUUAACAAGCCCUUUAUGGACUACGGGGAUACGGUGAUGCAUGGACUAGAAGCCAGCCCCAGCACCUGGCUCCGGAACCACGCACACUGGGGAAGGCGUAUCGUGAGCUUCUUUCUUAUAGUCACCCAGAUGGGCUUCUGCUGCGUGUACAUUGUGUUUCUGGCUGAUAAUUUAAAGCAGGUCGUGGAAGCGGUUAAUAGCACAACCAACAACUGCCAUUACAACAGGACAGUGAUCCUGACGCCCACCAUGGACUCGAGACUCUACAUGCUCGCCUUCCUGCCCUUCCUGGUGCUUCUGGUGUUCGUCAGAAACCUCCGAGCCCUGUCCAUCUUCUCCCUGUUGGCCAACAUCACCAUGCUGGUCAGCUUGAUCAUCAUCACCCAGUCCAUCAUCCAGGGAAUUCCAGACCCCAGCCGCUUGCCACUGGUAGCAAAUUGGAAGACCUACUCGCUCUUCUUCGGAACAGCCGUUUUUUCAUUUGAAAGCAUUGGUGUGGUUCUGCCCCUGGAAAACAAGAUGAAGGAUGCCCGCCGCUUCCCAGUCAUCCUGUCUUUGGGAAUGUCCAUCGUUACUGCCCUCUACAUCAGCAUCGGGACUCUGGGCUACCUGCGGUUCGGAAAUGACAUCAAGGCCAGCAUAACCCUUAACCUGCCCAACUGCUGGCUGUACCAGUCGGUCAAGAUCCUCUACAUAAUUGGCAUCCUGUGCACCUACGCCCUGCAGUUCUACGUCCCUGCAGAAAUCAUCAUUCCCUUCGCCACCUCCCAGGUGUUAAAGCGCUGGGCACUGCCUCUGGAGUUGUUCAUCCGCCUCGCCAUGGUCAGCCUGACAUGCAUCUUGGCCAUCCUCAUCCCCCGCCUGGACCUGGUCCUCUCUCUGGUGGGCUCCCUGAGCAGCAGUGCGCUGGCCCUCAUCAUCCCACCCCUCCUGGAGAUCACCACCUACUACUCAGAGGGCAUGAGUCCCAUCACCAUCAUCAAGGACGCCCUGAUCAGCAUCCUGGGCUUCGUGGGCUUUGUGAUGGGGACCUACCAGGCCCUGGACGAGCUGAUCCAGUCAGAAGACCCUCUCACCUUUUCCAACUCCACCAUUUUUAUUCAGUGAAAAUGGCACUGCUUCUUACCCACCAGCACCUGACAUUUAAUGAUAUAAAUCUCUUCUAUAUGCAUUAUCUAUAUUUUGCUGCUUUACCUUUCUCUGAGUCAAGUCACAGUGAAACAAGCACGGACUCACCAGCUACAAGGUCUAGAUGGUAAUUUAAAAAAAAUUUUUUUUUAAUUUAUUUUCUUUCCGUCUCUAGCUUUCCACUACACUGAGAGCUCUCUCACUGAAGGCUCUUGAUUCCAUUCGGGUUUUUGGCAAUUCACACGAUGAAUUUCACACCUUGAGUGGGGCUAUGCAAGAGGAAGCCACCAGGGGGCAUCCAAGAGGCAGCACCUGACAGAAGGAGGUGCAGCCAGCUAAGGCUGAUGGUGAUUUGGUAGACAAAGGGUGUCCUCUUUUCCAGAUCUGUUUAAAGAGCAAAGAUUAAGAGUGGGGACAUAAUCCAUAAUCCAGCAAGGUGUGCACAGCUCCAGCGUCAAGAUGGACAGGAUCCACAGGUCCAUGGUGAGCUGCAACUCUCAGACAGAAAGGAACCACCAUAUUUAAGUCAAGGGCAAUAAACUUUCUAAACAACUGGAUAAAGUUUUGGCCCAAUUCAAAGAUCUCAACAAGGGACAGUCGUCACAGAAAUGGAUGUGCCAAUGGCGGGGGGUGGGGGGUAGGGUGGGGAUGGACAAUGAUUAUUUCAUUAUUUAUCGCUUGAUUCUUUUUUUUUUUCUUUAACCUCUUGAUUCUUGCAACAAGCGUUCUUUCUUACCUACCACACACCAAGCAUAGUUCAAAGUUCUUGUAAUAGUUUGCAAAAAUGGCGACAAAUUCCUCUUGACAAUGUGACAUUGCAGCUCCCAUCAAGAAGUGAAAUCUAUAUCUCUACCCCUAGAAACUUGUCUUGGCCUUGUAACUUGCUUUGGCCAAUGGGACAUUAGUAAAUGUGACACGAGCAGAGGUUUCGUGACGGCUAAUGCAGUGGAACUUUCAUCGUGAUGCUCUGUGUAGAUAAGAGCACCAAGUGAAGAAGCCGGGGCUAGCCUGCUGGAGGAAGAGAGACCAUGUGGAGCAGAAAUGAAUCAUCCCAGUUGAGCCCCAUCUCCCAGAACAGCCAGCCUGCCGACUUCCAGACACGUGAGUGAUGUAUCCUAGACUAUAUACAGCCCUAGUCAAGCUGGCCUGGACCAUAAAUAUUGCUCAGAUGAUCCACAGAAUUAUGAGAAAUAAUAAAUGUUUUUAGUCUUAA